CACGUAUAUGUCAUGUUCUUUGUUCCAAUCUAGCUAGUUGCUCAUAACAAGAGGACCUAUAUACACACCUUCAUACUUGUCAUGGCUCUCAAGAUCAAGUCUUUUCUUAUAGUUCUUCUCUUGAUCCUCAUUCCCUUAUCUUCAGGUUUGGCUGAAGGCUUCAGGCAAAAUAUGCAUCCUACUCAUAACUUACUUUACAAGGAUGGUAUCAAGGUGAACUCAAGGAAGCUAUUUGUCCAUGAUUUUAUGUUGGAUUAUGAUGAAGCAGGACCCAACCCAAGGCAUACGAAGAAACCUGGCAAGGGGCCUUGAAUAACACUAUAGCUAA